UCUCUCCUACCCAACCACGUAGGAGACCGGUGAGGAAUAUGUCCUCACCGUUUCUUUGGUGUUUGGUUACUUUAUUGAUAUUUGAAGAAUUUGAUGGUGAAGCUGGAGAACUAGAGCUGCAACGAAUAAAAAGAAAUAUUGAUCUCCAACAGCCUCGUUUGACUUCAGAAAGGGGAAAUUUAGUGUUUCUUACUGGACCUACCCAAAAUAUUGAAUUUAGAACUGGAUCCCAAGGAAAAAUAAGAGUAAAUGAUGAAGACCUCAGUGAAUGUUUACAUCAGAUCCAGACAAACAAAGAUGAGAUUAUAGAUUUAAAAAGAAAUUCAGCUGGUCUUCACCAAAAUGUAUCUAGUCAGAUCCAUCAGCUCAAUUCCAAGUUUCUGGAUCUUGAGAGACGAUUUCAGAGCUUACAGCAGAAAGUGGACAAAGAUGAUUGCAGCAGCAGUCCCUGCCAAAACGGUGGAACCUGCCUCGAUCUGCAUGAUUCUUUUGUCUGUAUCUGUCCUUCACAGUGGGAGGGUCCUCUGUGUUCAGCUGAUGUCAAUGAAUGUGCAAUUCACUCAGGAACACCCUGGGGCUGCCAGAAUGGAGCCACAUGUAUGAACACAAUGGGGAGUUACAGCUGUAUCUGCAAACCUGAUACAUAUGGACCCCACUGCAGUUUCAGAUACAAUGACUGUGAGGGUGGCUCUAAAGAACUCUGUGUUCAUGGUAUCUGUGAGGAUUUAGAACGACAGCAAACCGGAGUGCACAAUUACACCUGCAUCUGCGAAGCUGGGUGGACAUCCUCACCAGGCAACCCUGCCUGCACGGUGGAUCAAGAUGAGUGCAGUCUCCCAUCCUCUUGUUCAGCACUUGUACAAUGUUUCAACACUCCAGGCUCUUUCUACUGUGGGCCCUGUCCAAAAGGAUGGCAAGGAAAUGGGUAUGUUUGUGAAGACAUCAAUGAAUGUGAGAUAAAUAAUGGUGGCUGUUCCAUGACUCCGCUUGUUACGUGUAUAAACACACCUGGAUCUUUUACCUGUGAAGACUGUCCACCAGGGUACGAAGGUGAUGGGAAAGUGUGCACUGCCGUAGACAUCUGCUCCAUCAACAAUGGAGGCUGCCACCCGCACGCAACGUGCCUCUCAUCUCAAGGUUCCUUACCUCUCUGCACCUGUCUGCUGGGAUACACUGGAAAUGGUUAUGGACCAAAUGGAUGUGUGCAACUCGGAAACAUUUGCUUAAGUCACCCCUGCUUACAUGGACAAUGCAUAGAAAUGGUCUCUGGCUAUCUUUGUCAGUGUGAUGCAGGAUGGGCUGGUGUCAACUGUACAGAAAACAUCAAUGAGUGCUUGAGCAAUCCCUGUCUGAAUGGGGGGACUUGUGUUGAUGGAAUUAAUGCUUUCAGUUGCGAAUGCACAAGUUCGUGGACUGGAUCUCACUGUCAGACUCCCCAGCAAGUGUGUGGAGGGUCCCUCUCAGAGAUGAACGGAAGCAUCAGUUACAUAAUCUCUGAUGUUGUUUAUCUUCAAAAUGUUAACUGCUUCUGGAUUAUCCGAACUGAAGAGGGAAAGGUCCUGCAUCUCACAUUUACAUUCUUCCGAUUAGAACAGGAGACUGAUUGCCCAAAUGAGUUUCUUCAGAUUCAUGAUGGAGAUUCCUUGGCAGAUUUUCCACUUGGAAGAUUCUGUGGCAACAGAGCCCCUCAGAAUCUUCGGAGUAGUGACAAUGCGCUCUACCUUCGUUUCUAUUCUGACUAUUUCAGAAGAGGUAGAGGCUUUACAGUACGAUGGGAAACGCAGCAACCAGAGUGUGGAGGCAGACUGACUGGUACUUAUGGCUCUAUCCAAUCACCGGGUUACCCUGGAAACUACCCCCCAGGAAGAGAUUGCAUCUGGAACAUUGCAACCAGCCCUGAACUUCUGAUAACAUUUACUUUUGGGACUUUGAGCCUGGAGAACCAUGAAAAUUGUAGCAAAGAUUAUCUGGAGAUUCGGGAUGGCCCUUUGCAUCAGGACCCCAUCCUUGAGAAAUUCUGUACCACCCGCUCUGCUGCCCCACUCCAGACCACAGGCCCCUUUGCCAGAAUUCAUUUUCAUUCUGACAACCAGAUCAGUGACCGAGGCUUCCACAUCACUUAUCUAACUUCACCUUCGGAUCUGCAUUGUGGAGGGAACUACACCAACCCAGAGGGUGAGCUCCUUCUUCCCAACUUGCCUGGGCCUUUGGCUCACAGCAGGCAAUGCAUUUACAUCAUAGAGCAGCCUCAGGGAGAGCUAAUAGAUCUCAACUUCACCCACGUGGAACUGGAAGGCCAGAGCAGCUGCUCCCACAGUUACAUUGAGGUUCGGGAUGAUGAAACUUUACUUGGAAAAGUCUGUGGCAAUGAAAUCCUUCCCCCCAUUAGAUCUAUCACUAGUAGUAUCUGGAUCAGGUUUAAAAUAGACACUGCUGCUCAAAAGGCUAGCUUCAGAGCUGUUUAUCAAGUUGCUUGUGGGGGCCAGUUAACUGGAGAAGGAGUCAUUCGCUCACCAUUUUACCCUAACGCAUAUCCUGGGGAAAGAACCUGUAGGUGGACCAUCUACCAACCUCAAGGCCAAGUAGUGCUUCUCAACUUUACUGGCUUUGGAGUUGGAACUUUCAACCUCUGUAACACAGAUUAUGUUGAGAUUGGUAGCAGUUCCGUUUUGGGUGCUUCUGAAAAUACUCAGUAUUGUGGUAACCAGAUCCCUUCACUGAUAACAUCUGUGCACAAUGUUCUCUAUGUCACAUUUGUGAAGAGUUCUUCCCUUGAAAAUCAUGGUUUUAUGGCUGUGUUCGGUGCUCAGGAUUUGGUGUGUGGAGGAACUCUUACCACGGCAUCUGGAAUUAUUAAAAGUCCUGGUCAUCCAAAUGUUUACCCCAGUGGUGUUACCUGUACCUGGAAUAUAUUAGUCCAGCCUGGUCAACUGAUCCGUUUGGUGUUUGAUGAAUUUCAUCUGCAGUUUCAUUACAAUUGCACAAGUGACUAUGUGGAAAUUCAUGAUACCGGCUCUAGGACUUUUCUUGGGAGGUUAGAGAUGAGGAAACUAAGACUCAAGGAGAUGGAGUCUCUGGGCCAAGGUCACAACCUUGCUUUGUGCUUGGAAGACUAUACAACUAAUUCUGGCACAGUUAAAUCUCCAAACUUCCCCAAUAACUAUCCUGAUAAUUAUGAAUGCAUUUAUAAGAUUACAGUGGAAAUUACCCAACAGAUUGCAUUGCACUUCACCAAUUUCUCCUUGGAAGAUGACAGUGGUGGAAACUGCAUAGCAGAUUAUGUGGAAAUCAGGGAUGGUGGCUAUGAAAAUUCACCACUUGUGGGAAGAUACUGUGGCUCAAUCCUACCUCCAGUAAUCAUCUCACACAGUAACAAGCUGUGGUUAAAAUUUAAGAGUGAUUUUAUAAUAGCAAAAUAUGGAUUUUCAGCUUACUGGGAUGGAUCAUUAACAGGUUGUGGGGGCAACCUUACCACCUCCUCAGGCGUAUUUGCAUCUCCCAACUACCCGAUGCCUUACUACCACAGCUCUGAGUGCUACUGGUGGCUGAAAGCCAGCCAUGGGAGCCCAUUUACAUUGACCUUCAAAGACUUCCACUUGGAAUAUCAUCCCAACUGCUCCUUGGAUUAUCUGGCUGUCUACGAUGGCCCAGGUACCAGCUCUCAUUUGCUCAACAAGUUUUGCGGGGACAGGAUCCCACCUGACCUCCGCUCUAGCGGAGACAGCAUGCUGCUGAAACUGAGGACCGAUGAAGGCCAGCAAGGAGGCGGCUUUGAGAUCCAGUACUCGCAGACAUGUGAGAAUGUGGUAAUAGUCAAUCAAACCUACGGCAUACUGGAGAGUAUAAAUUACCCAAAUGCAUAUCAUGAAAAUCAGCGAUGCAACUGGACCAUCCGAGCAACAAAAGGCAACACGGUGAACUACACAUUCACAGCGUUUGAUUUGGAAUAUGAUGCAAGCUGUGCCACAGAUUAUUUAGAGCUCUACGAUGGCCCAAAUCGGAUUGGGCGCUAUUGUGGAACAGAUAUCCCCCCAUCGGGGAGUACCAGCAACUCCUGGCUUCAAGUGCUGUUCCACACAGAUGGAGUCGGUGACGAUGAGAAAGGAUUUCAGAUGCAGUGGCUGGUUCAUGGUGGAGACUCCCAGAGCAAUGAUUCUCAAGAGAGCAGCAAAAGCAUUAAAAACUUUCUAGAAAUGAAAACCCUUGGUCCUACACCAGACCUAGUGUACGGAGGCCCUGAUUUCCACGCUCCUAGGCUAACCCAGCUCUGUGCCCAGAGGUCAUCUGUGACUCCCAUGCAAGUCUCCAGCACAGGGAAUGAGCUCACAAUCCGAUUUAAAACAGACUUCUCCAUCAAUGGGAGAGGCUUCAAUGCCUCCUGGGAAGCACUCCCUGGAGGUUGUGGUGGGAUCUUCCAUACUCCCAGUGGACAGAUUCACUCUCCAAAUUACCCCAACCAUUAUAGAAGUAAUACGGAAUGUUCUUGGAUCAUUCAAGUUGAAAAACAUCACCAUAUCCUCUUGAAUGUCACUGACUUUGACCUGGAACCUCCGGAUUCUUGUAUUAUGACCUAUGACGGUGUGAGCUCGGCCACCACCCGCCUGGCCAGUGUGUGUGGAAGACAGCAGUUGAUGAACCCCAUCACUUCUUCAGGGAACAGCCUCUAUGUGAGAUUCCAGUCUGGUGCUUCCAGACAGAGCAGGGGCUUCCUAGCCCAAUUCAGACAAGUCUGUGGAGGCUACAUCCUCACCAACUCCGUUGACACUAUCUCUUCUCCACUGUACCCUGCCAAGUAUGCACCCGACCAGAACUGCAGCUGGAUCAUUGAGGCACAGCCUCCAUUCAAUCAUAUUACACUCUCCUUUACCCACUUUGAGCUUGAACAAAAUAGGGGCUGUACACGGGACUUCAUAGAGAUUUUGGAUGGCAGCAACUCUGAUGCACCCCUUCGAGGCCGCUACUGUGGUUCCACCAUGCCCCAUCCCAUCACGUCAUUCAGCAAUGCCCUGACCCUGAGGUUCAUCUCUAAUCAUGGAAACAAUUAUGCUGGUUUUCAUGCCCUGUAUGCUGCAUCAACAUCAGCUUGUGGUGGAAGCUUCCACAUGGCUGCAGGCAUCUUCGAGACCCCUGGCUAUCCUGACGUUUAUCCCCCUAAUACGGAAUGUGUCUGGAACAUUCGGAGUUCCCCUAGCAACCGGAUCCAGCUGUCUUUUAUGUCUUUUCAGUUGGAGGCCUCUCAGGACUGCAGCAAAGAUUUUGUGGAGAUCCGAGAAGGGAAUUCCACUGGUCACUUGGUGGGAAGAUACUGUGGAAGCUCCCUGCCCCAAAAUUUCUCAGUUACUGUAGAAAAUCUUAUGUGGAUCAGAUUUGUCUCAGAUGGCUCGCACAAUAGCAUGGGCUUCCAGGCCUCGUUUACUAUGAUAUUUGGCAAUGAUAAUAUUGAGGGAACCCAUGGGAGAAUCGCUUCUCCUCUCUGGCCUGGAAACUAUCCCCAUAACGCCAAUUACAAAUGGACAGUCAAUGUGAAUAGCUCUCAAAUUAUCCGUGGUAGGAUCUUAGAGAUGGACAUGGAAGCAGCAAAUUAUUGCCUUUAUGACAAAUUAAAGAUUUAUGAUGGUGUUGGCAUUCAUUCUCGCCUGAUUGGUACUUACUGUGGUACUGAAGCUCAGUCUUUUACCUCCACGAGAAAUUCUUUGACCUUUCAGUUUUUGUCUGACGCUUCAACCUCAGGGAAGGGAUUUCUUCUGGAGUGGUUUGCAGAAGACAGUUCUCCGGGAACUUUGCCUACCAUUGCUCCAGGUGCAUGUGGCGGGUUCCUGAGGACAGAAGACAGGCCUGUCCCUUUUUUCUCCCCGGGCUGGCCAGGGAGCUACAGUAAUAUGAUGCAGUGCACAUGGCUUAUUCAUGCUCCAGGCUCUACUGUGGAGCUCAACAUUCUCUCAAUGGACAUUGAAUCUCAGCAAACAUGUAACUAUGAUAGUCUUGUGAUAAGAGAUGGAGACAAUGAUCUGGCCCCGCAGCUAGCGGUUCUCUGUGGAAGAGAUAUUCCUGGGCCCAUCCGGUCUACUGGAGAGUACAUGUCCAUCCACUUCUCCUCUGACUACAGUGUCACCAGGGCAGGCUUCAAUGCAUCUGUUCACAAGGGUUGUGGUGGAUACCUCCACGCGGACAGAGGGAUCAUCGCAUCUCCCAAGUACCCACAGACCUACACUCCCAACCUCAACUGCUCCUGGCAUGUCCUGGUCCAGCCUGGUUUGACCAUCGCUGUCCAUUUUGAUCAGCCCUUCCAGAUUCAAAGCACAGACUGGCUUUGCAACCAGGGGGACUAUUUAGUGCUAAAAAAUGGACCAGAUAUCUACUCUCCACCUUUGGGAACCCAAGGAAGAAAUGGUCGUUUCUGUGGCAGUCAUCCCCCAUCCACCCUGUUCACCUCAGAUAAUGAAAUGUUUGUUCAGUUUAUUUCUGAUUACAGUAAUGAAGGGCAAGGAUUUAAGAUCAGAUAUGAAGCAAAGAGUUUAGCAUGCGGGGGUAACAUCUACCUCCACGGAGCUGAUGCUGCUGGUUAUGUCAUCUCCCCCAACUACCCGAACAAUUAUCCACCGAAUGCUGAUUGUGUCUGGAUUCUAUCUGCUCCUCCGGGAAAGAGCAUAAAGCUACAGUUUGAAGAUCAGUUUGAUAUUGAAGUAUCGCCCAACUGCACUUCCAGUUACCUUGAGUUGCGGGAUGGAGGUGGCUCAUGGGCACCAGUACUUUCCAAAUUCUGUGGGAUGUCAUUGCCUGGUAGCCAGCUGUCCUCAGGAGAGCUUGUGUACUUGAGGUUCCGGUCUAACAAUUCUACUCGUGCAGGAUUCAAGGCCAAGUAUUCUAUAGCCCUGUGUGGAGGAACGGUGUCAGGCCUGAGCGGUGUCAUUGAGAGCAUUGGCCAUCCCAUGCUUCCAUAUCCAAAUAAUUUAUUUUGUCAGUGGCAGCUCCAGGGUCUCCCACAACAUUAUCUCACCAUCCAUUUUGAAGACUUUAACCUUCAGAAUUCCGCCAACUGUGAAAGAGACUUUGUGGAGAUCUGGGAAAACCUUCCCGCUGGACAUCUUUUGGGCAGAUACUGUGGAAAUGCCAUUCCUCAAAGUAUAGACACCUCUAGCAAUACUGCCUCUGUCAGGUUUGUCACGGAUGGCUCAAUUAUUGCCUCAGGGUUCAGGCUUCGGUUUGAAUCCAGCCUGGGAGCGUGUGGUGGGGAUCUACAGGGCCAUGCUGGGACGUUUACUUCUCCCAACUACCCGAACCCAAAUCCUCACAGCCGGGUCUGCGAGUGGAGAAUCACUGUGCAAGAAGUCCGGCAGAUCACUCUGACUUUCAACAACUUGAGGCUGGAAGCUCAUCCAUCCUGCAACAAUGAGCAUGUGAUCAUAUUCAAUGGCAUUAGAAGUAACUCACCUCAACUGGAGAAACUGUGUAGUAGCGUAAAUGGAAGCAAUGCAAUAAGAUCUUCAGGAAACAUGAUGAAAAUCGUGUAUUUCACAGAUGGAUCCCGGCCAUAUGGAGGCUUCAGUGCUUCCUAUACAUCCAGUGAAGAUGCAGUGUGUGGUGGGUCUCUUACAAAUGCCCACGAGGGAAACUUUACUUCUCCUGGUUAUAAUGGAGUCAAUAAGUACUUAAGAAACCUGAACUGUGAAUGGACUCUCAGCAACCCAAAUCAGGGGAAUUCAUCUAUCUAUAUUAAUUUUGUGGCUUUUGCCCUUGAAAGUCAUCAAGACUGUCAAUCUGAUGUUCUUGAGUUUCGAGCAGGUGAUUCUGAAGGGCUCCUGUUAGGGAGAUUUUGUGGCCCUGCACCACCUACGGUGCCACUGGUAAUCCCUUAUCCUCAGGUGUGGAUACACUUUGUCACGAAUGAACGUGAAGAAUAUACAGGAUUCAAGGCAGAAUAUUUCUUUACAGAUUGUGGUGGAAUACAAACAGGAGAGGCUGGAGUGAUCACCAGUCCCAACUACCCUCAGGCCUACAGCAGUCUAAGCCACUGCGCUUGGCUGGUGGAAGCCCCGGAAGGACACACCAUCACUCUUACAUUCAGUUACUUUGACAUUGAAACCCAUGCAUCCUGUGCCUGGGACUCCGUCACUAUCAAGAAUGGUGGCUCCCCUGAGUCACCCAUCAUGGGACAAUACUGUGGAAUUUCAAAUCCCAGGACAAUUCAGUCUGGCUCCAACCAGCUUACAGUGAUUUUUAACUCAGACAGCUCAGUGCAAAAUGGUGGAUUUUAUGCUACAUGGAGCACUGAGACUUCAGGUUGCGGUGGAACACUUCAUUCAGAAAAUGGUACAAUCAGAUCACCUCACUGGCCACAGAAUUUCCCUGAAAAUAGCAGAUGCUCUUGGACAGUCAUAACUCACCAAAGUAAAUACUUGGAACUCAGCUUUGACAGCAACUUCCGAAUCCCCAGUGGCGACGGACAGUGUCAGAAUAGCUUUGUGAAGGUGUGGGCAGGACCUGAGCAGACCGCUACCAGCCUUCUGACCACACAGUGUGGGGACCUGGCUCCCAGCUCCAUUGUCAUACCAAGAAAUGCAUUCUCUCUGGUCUUCCAAUCUCAGGAGACACCAGCCCAGGGCUUCUCUGCAUCCUUCAUAAGCCGAUGUGGUGGUAACUUCACUGGCCCUUCGGGUUACAUUAUUUCUCCAAACUUCCCAAAGCGAUAUGAUAACAACAUGAACUGCACCUACCUAAUAAAAGGUGGUCCUCAUUCUUUGGUGACUCUGACUUUUGAGUCUCUCCAUUUGGAAGCUCGUUCGGCUGUCACCGGAAGCUGUGACAGUGAUGGUCUACAUAUUUUCAGAGGCAACAGCGUCUCUUCCUCACCUGUUGCUACCCUGUGUGGAGAUGAGACCUUGGACAACAUCGGGGUGUUUAGUCCCGUGCUGCUUAACUUCUACUCCAAUGCACACAUCACAGACUUUGGAUUCAAGGUUUCCUAUCGGAUAACCUCCUGUGGAGGUGUAUACAACUCGUCCACCGGAACCAUCAGGAGCCCUUCCUACUUAGACAGCACAUACCCGAACAAUGUCUACUGUCUGUAUAACAUCUUUGUGGGAAAUGACAAAAUGGUGCUACUCAAGUUCAGUGACUUUGCUGUGGUUCCCUCCACCUUGUGCUCCAACGACUUCGUGGCAGUUUAUGAUGGUUCUAACAUCAGUGCUCCCCUUCUUGGCAAAUUUUGUGGCUCUACACUUCCACCAGCUAUUAAGAGCAGCACUAAUAGCAUGCUUCUGGUGUUCAAGACUGAUGCUAUUCAAACAGCGAGAGGCUGGAAGGCAGUUUUCCGGCAGACAUUAGGGCCACAACAAGGAUGUGGGGGUUACCUGACAGAUUCCAAUAGUACACUUGUUUCUCCUGGUUCGAAUUCAAAUGGAAGAUAUGAAAAGGGCUUAAACUGCAUAUGGUUCAUAACAGCACCUAUAAACAAAGUCAUAAAACUCACUUUCAACACAUUUGUCCUGGAAAGUUCUGCUUCUUCAACAAGCUGCAUUUAUGAUUAUGUGAAGUUAUAUGAUGGGGAGAGUGAAGAUGCAGACUUGGUAGGAACAUUUUGUGGGACCAGAGUACCUGCUCCUUUUAUCUCGUCUGGUAACUUCCUUACAGUUCAGUUUGUCAGUGAUCUAUUGAUAGAAACAGAAGGAUUUAAUGCAACAUAUACCUUCAUGGACAUGCCUUGUGGUGGAACAUAUAACGCAACUUGGGCUCCCCAGAAUAUUUCAUCACCCUCUGUAUUAAACGCUAGCUUUCCAUUUUUCACCUGCACUUGGGUCAUUAAAGCACCUCACUUCAAUCAGGUCAAGAUAACUGUGUGGGAACUACAGCUGCCAGCAGACGACUGUGCCCAGAACUAUCUAGAGUUUCAGGACUCACCACAGAUCAAUGGAAACCCUGGAGUUCAGUUCUGCGGCAGAAACACAACCACUGCGCCGGUGUUUUACUCCUCAGUGAGCACUGCUGUUGUUGUCUUCAAAUCAGAUGAUUUAAGCUCCAACUCUAGAGUAGGCUUCACCUAUGAGAUUGAAGAUUGCAACAGACACUAUAACCAGGGAUUUGGCAGUCUGAGGAGUCCUGGAUGGCCAGACAAUUACUAUGCGAACCUGGAUUGCACUGUGAUUCUCUCGGCCCCCCAGAACCACAGCAUCUCCCUCUUUUUCUACACUUUGAACAUCGAGACCUCCAGGAACUGCGCGCAUGACUUCUUGGAGAUAAGAAAUGGAAGUGACAGCGGUUCGCCACUACUGGGGUUGUACUGUGGAAGCCUACUGCCAAACCCCAUCUUCUCUCAAAGUGGCACAGUGUAUCUGCGAUUUAAGACUGAUGGCAGCAUUUCCAGAUCCGGUUAUGAGCUCACCUGGACCUCUUCCCCUUCUGGCUGCGGUGGGACUCUGUAUGGAGACAGCGGCUCCUUCGCCAGCCCCGGCUACCCCGGAACCUACCCUAACCACACUCACUGCGAGUGGGCCCUGGCGGCCCCCUCGGGCAGGCGGGUGGUGGUCAGCUUCGACCUGUUCAGCAUCGCGGACCCAGGCGACUGCGUGCACAACUACCUGCUGCUGCACGACGGGCCCAACGCGGCCUCCGUGUCCUCUGGCCCCUACUGCGGAGCGGACACGAACAUAGCUCCCUUCACGGCUUCUUCAAAUCGGGUCUUCAUAAUAUUCCACGCCGAGUAUGCAGCACAGCCAUCUGCAUUCCGGUUAACCUGGCACAGCUGAGGGGGCAACUUUGGGUUCCUCGGCACUGUGCUGUUCCCAGGGGCCAGCAGACAACACCAGGGACAGAACGCUGCCACCUUCACCUGGAUGUGCCUGUACCUCUGAGCCCAAAUUGAACUUCCGUGGUUGCCGCUGAGAAUGUAACGCAGUCAACAUUUAUACCUCGUUUUGGGGGCAUGGACAACCUUCUGUCACCUGGCUGUGAAUAUCAUUCUUUCUUCUAAUAUCCUGAGCUGAGGCUUAGAGAUUCUUUAAAGGUUUAAGCAUGGUGUAAAUUUUUUUAAAAAUGAAUAAAGGUAUGAUUUUCAUGGUG